AUGGGGAGGCAAAACAAGGAUCCAGAAAUAGUUGGUUCAUCAAUAGUGCUGCUUCAAGAAAGGUUUAAGCAGCUGCAGAAAUUAAAGGAGAUGAGAAAAGAGACACAGAUGCUCAGACUAAUGCCUAAAGAAACCGAUCUUCGCCAUGACCUUGCAGGCACGGUAUUUUCAUCAUUGUCUACAAACAACACUGCUUAUCAAGACCCUUUAGCACUCGGGCUCAACUCCACCUCCCAUCAUCGUCACACACCACAUUUCCGAGGCCAACAAACUAUUCGAGGGCCUCACAGUUUCUUUGAAACUCCUGAUGUUGAUACAUCACUUCAUCUCUAG